CCCCAUACUGCCUACCUCCCAUCAAGCGUCACAGCGGCUACUGCACAGCUGAACACCUGUGUUACCUGCCAUCCACUAGGAUCCAAGAAUUGUACGACCUACCAACGAGGGGAAGGAACCUUGGGACUUUGGCCACUUUAGGUACUUACCUAAGGUACCUGUAUCUAGGUACCUAUCUAUCUAUAGGUACUGGGUACUAAGCACUAGAACAUCUCAUCCACGUGCACAUUUAAAGCCCUGUGAGAAUUAGCGGACAGUUACUACCUCUUUACAACACAUUUCCGUCCUCUGCGGAUAUCAUUUAUUUUAUCGACUAUCGUCUCAUUGCAUCCAGGACAAGAACAGGAGAGCAGUUUAAGACAAUCUUUAGCCAAUCUCAAAAUGGCAGGAGCACAAGAGACCGAUGAUGGCAUCGAGGACCUUUAUAUGGACGGUACGAAACGUGAAGCAGGUUUCGAUUCACAGCCGGAGCCCAAUUACCACCAGGAUCCUCGGGACGUCGAAAUGACAGACUCACCGAUGAUGUCGACGCCUGCGCAUGCUGGCAUUCUUCCCCUGUCCAUGUUCAACUCGCGACCGUAUACCGGCCCAGUGACACGAUCCAUGACCAAAGCCCGUCUCGGUCAUUUGGUCGGUACCCUUCCACAUGCUACUUCCUUAGGAGACCGGCUUAAAAGCUCCUCCAAGAGGCACGUACGCAAUUCCAAUGUAUCCAAACUUGAGGAGUCGAGAGAUAUUAGCUAUAUCAUGAAUGACCGGAUUACCAAUUCCGACGAGAUCACUGAUAAUACUCGUAACAUGACUGGUCAAGUGAGAGAUCAGGCUCUGUUUCUUGAUCCGCCGCCGCUGGAUACGGCAUCUACAUCACACCCCCUAACUGGCCAGCUUCGAAUAUCCAGCCGCGGAUCUUCCCGUGUUGAUAAUGGGAAUGCUAUGAUUGCGGAGGCUACAGUGUUAAGCGACAAAUCUCGGGCCAAAGAGCCAAAAAGUAAAUCAAGGAGACGGCUUAAAGCAAGCAACGCUUCUGCUAGCAGAUACGUUCGCCGCUCUCCACGCUUUAUGAAGCCACUCACUGAGUUUCCAAAGUACCGUAACCUUCCGGAUGAGCUCAAAAUCAUGAUUUGGGAGGCCGCCAUCGAGCCACGUCUAGUAUAUAUAGUGAACCGAUACUCACUAUCACACACCCAACGUCAAUUUGAGGUUCAGAACGACCAACCUAGCUGGUUUAACGCCUGUCGCCUGUCACGAUGGGUUGCGCGGCUCCAUUACCUGAAUCUCUUUGCCAUGUAUAGUCCAGUUACGAAUUCGUUCAAUCCCAGAACACUUCAGGCUGUUACUGGUGAUGACAUUGUGAUCUUUGAGCCUUGCCAUGGCGGGUGCCGUGGAUGCUACUGUGCCAAAAAUCAGUACAACCUGCGUGACCGUUCUAUGGUACGGUCAUUGGCUAUACAAGCGGAGUCACCCAACUUACCCCCUACCACAGAGCCAUGCUGGAAAACCAUUGCAAGAUCAUGGCACAACGUUGAAACUCUCUAUCUAAUGAGAACUGCCGUGAAGGGCGUGGACAAGCGGAAUAAGGCAAUGAUUCGAGUCAUGAAAAAUGCGCACGAAACAGCUCUCUUAAAGCGCUUCGACGAAUGGAAGAAGGGUCCUGGGAUCAACGCUAAAAUAAAAAGAAUAGAGUUUGUCGUUGUAGUAAAGAAGGAAGUGGCAAGAUCUAAUAACCCGCGGGAUCGUUACAAGUUUGUCGAAGAUCGGUUGACUGACCAACCGGAAGAUAUAAUCCUCGGUUGAUUCAUCCUUCCUCACGCUGUCCUCCAAUCUAUUCCUUAGAGGAAGCUUACCCUCAUAGGCACUAUAUGCUAAAUAGAGACGGCUGUCAGGGAAUGAAAUUUAUCCCGCCUCCUCAGCAAGAACAUCUGGAGACAGAAGGAACUCGAUAUUGAGUGGGUACCAAAUAAAAUACCGUUUUGCGUCUCUAGUUAAGAUACCAUGGCUUGGGAGUGGCCCCCGCUACUCUAUCUAAU